AUGCGUUUCACUGCUGCUUCCAUUGCUUUCUUCGCCGGCCUUGCCGCUGCUCUCCCCGGUGACAUCCAGACCGUCUACGAGACCCAGGAUGUUACCAUCACUUCCUGCGCUCCCACCGUUACCAACUGCCCUGGUCGUGCCACCUCCACCCCCUCCGGUGCUGACGCUGUGACCGCUACCUCCGCUGCCCCUACCACCAGCGAGACUGCCGCUGAGACUCCUGUUGAGACUCCUGUUGAGACUCCCGUCGAGACUGCCUCCGCCAGCAGCAGCAGCAGCAGCGUUCCCGUCAUCCCUGCUCCCUCCAACACUGCUGUCGCCCCCAGCGUCUCCGUCAUUGCUGUCACCACCUGCGUCCCCACCGUCACUUACGUCACCGUCCCUGUCUCUACUCCUAGCGGCGCUGCCGGUGUUCACUCCUCCGUCCCCGUCAUCCCCUCUGUUCCUGCUGGCACCCCUGCUCCUAGCGCUACCGCCACCAUUCCUCCUGGUGGUCUCUCCACUGGCGCUGGUAACACCCUCAGCGGCUCUUUCGUCUUCGCUGGUGCUGCCGCCGUUGCCGCUCUCUUCCUGGCUUAG